AUGAUCCAACGUGAGCGAGUCCAUGAGCCGAUGCAUGGACCUCGUCGACGGGAACCCGCAUUCGACAUAGACGACGAUGGAGUAGCAACACAGCCCCCGAUGUUGUCCCUGCCUACACCGCUUGCCCUGCCAAUCGAGAUUCCAGUGGUUCAACAAAUCAGCAGCUUGGGCCUGGUUUCACAGAGUGCUCGUACGGAGUCACCGAAUAAUAUUUAUUCGGAUGCUUCCAGAAAUUUGUCGACUACUUCUACCACGUCUGCAAAACAAGCGCAUCACGACGCAUUGGCCAUGCGACGCGAAGCAAUUGCACGGGAAACGCGCGGGAUUGCUACUGAUUUUCAGCGACCGCGGCUACCUUCACCGGGCAUAGACAACAAUCCAAGGAACUCGGAGGACCACGUGGACUCGCUUUCGCUAUCGUUUGCCGCAGAGGAGCUGAAGCAGCAGAUUGGAAGCUUGCAAACACAGGUGGAACGACUACAGGUGGUUAUCGCAGCGCUGGUUGCACCACCGCCUGCGUACGACGAAGAGGGAAGCGUCGUGCACGCACCGUAG